AUGGCUCUAGUAACGCGGAAAAGCCCUAAGACGAUGGGCUUGCGAGGAGCAGCGGUGGACCGCACGUCGCUCCGAGAGGUCGAGACGCGAUUAACCCUGGAUAUUCACCCGUCGCGGUCCGGGAAUGUAGUAGCAGGAGUCAAGGAGCAGCUCAACAACUCACUCAUGCGGUACACCGAGCAGCACGGCGGCAUCGUGCUGGCCUACUCCAACGUGCUGCUGUUCGGCCGCACAGCAGCCAUUCUAACCGGACUCAACCCCUACCUGCACGUCAGCCUCUCCGCGCGCCUGCUGCUCUUCGCGCCGCGACCAGGAGCCUUUCUUGAGGGAGUGGUGAACAACGUGGGGGCGGAUUUCAUCGGUCUUCUCGUGCUGGGCGUAUUCAACGCCGCUGUGCCCGACCAGUUUAUGCGCUCCUGGAAACAUGUGGAGGAGGCCGCUGCCGCCGCCGACGACGGCGACGGCCAGCAGCAGCACUGGCAGCACAAAGAGGACCCCUCCCACCGCAUUUUCGUUGGCUCUCGCAUUCGAGUGCAAGUGGACAGUGCCACAGGGGACGGCAUGUUGAUGUCAAUCAGAGGGUCGCUGGACCACCCAGAUACGGGCAGCACUCUCCCCGCCACCACACCAAAGAAGCAGCGUAAAGCCAACCAAGCAGCAGCAGCAGCAGCAGCAGCAGCAACAGCAGCAGCAGCAGAAGCAGAAGCAGCAACAGCAGCAGGAGCAGGAGCAAUAGUACUAGCAGAUCCCAAGACACCAGUCCCCGCUGGCACCACUGCCGCUGCAACCCCUGAGGCUUCCCCAGCUCCUUCGACUGCUGCUGCAGCACCCAUCGGGGAUGCAGGCAGGAAGAAGAAGAAACAUAAAGCAGACCAAGCAGGAGCAGCAGGAGCAAUGGCAGUAGCUAACUCGCCCAUGCCAGCACCCAGCAGCGGCAGGGAUGCAGGAGGGAAGAAGAAGAAGCGCAAGGUGAAGGAGGGGGAUGUGUCUGCUGCCCACACAGCCACUCCUUCCAGCGCUGUGAAGGUGGCCAGUGGGAAGAAGGCAAAGAAUGCUGCUGCAGGCAGUAGCAGGCGGAGCGCUAAAUCGGGAAUGGUGGAAGGUGGUGGAUAG